AUGGUCCUGAUACAUACAAAAACAACGGAAGAGAAGCACCAAUUUAUGUACGAAACAAAUGUACAAGUUUUAGUUAGACAAUUAAAGGAUGAACUUAUAAAAGUGCAUAACCUCAGGUGCAAGCUUCUUAGAUUGCUGGACUCAUCUUUGCAGCUGGCAAAACAUGGCCCUCUGAGACCUGAAGCAAUUCGAGGAAUGUCCGAUGAGGAAAUGCAAAUGACCAACCCAAAUAUAUAUGACCCAAAUGAAGUUACAAAUCCAGAUGAAAAUAACUUCAGGACAGGGAUUCCUCCAUCUCCAGAAAAUUCACUUAAAUUGAGGGAAGUCAUUGAUAAAGUAAAAGGGGAACUGUAUGUCGAUCUGACGAAAAAAUGUACAACCAUAAACAUGAACAAGUUAAAUGAACUUAUGAAAUUAAUAGCAGAUGCUUUGAAUGCUUGCUAUCCAUCAAUGGAAGGCCUUCCCCCAUAUGAUCCUGCAAGAUUAAUACUGGAAAAUGAAAACGUAUUUAAAGAUGAUUUCACAACCGAGGAAACAUCCAUAUGGUGGGCAGGAAAAGAACUGUGUACAAGUUCAGAAUUACGAAAUUAUAUUGGGAAAAAUGAGAAAACUAAAAUUAUUGUAAAGUUACAUCCAACGAAAUUGGGACCACCCGAACGUGAAAGAAAAAUUGAUGAAGAAACGUACAAAGCUAUGUUAGCACAUUAUCACAAAAAAAAAAAAGAAGAAAAAGAAUUUGAGGAAGACGAUGAUGAUUCUUAUUUAAAUUCUGAAUGGUCAAAUCCUCUUGGUUUGCAGAAAUAUCUUCAUGGAAAUUUAACGAAUAUCAGAUGGAAGCCCUAA